AAGUCACAGCAAAUGAGGAAAUUAGUACUUUAAAGAUUUUGUAUAUAAUCGAGUAAAUGUUCUUGACAUUCAUUCAGUUAAAAUAAAUCUACCAAAUUGUGCUGCAUUUUUAAAAUGUUUUUUAAAAUUAUUUUUGUGAUUUUCUUAGUUUUUGCUAAUUUCACCGAGAUUUUUGGUCAAGGUGAAAGCAUGACAUGCACGUAUGCAUUAGUCAGUAGUGUGUACACAUGUAACCUUAAACUUAACAACACCAGAGGACUCAAUAACUUUGCAAACAUCGGUGGAAAUCAUUUGUCAGGAAAGAAUGACAAUCUUGUGCUAAGUGUAACUAGUGUCGCUGGUUCAUUGUCUCCUAAUAUCCCCUCAAUUAUUUGUGCUAAGUUCAGAAAUGUGCAAAAGAUAACAAUGAAUAAUGUCGGAAUUAAAAAUAUUUUAAUCGAAGAUGUUAGCUCAUUUGCAUAUUGCAGUUUAACGUCUUAUAUUGAGGUAUGCAAUGAUGAUAUCGGUCAAAUUGAUGAGCGAUCCUUCAUUAAUAAUCCUGGUCUACUAGAACUACGUUUAUGGAACUUAAACCUGUCGACAUUACCUGAAACUGUGUUCUACAACCUGAUAAAUCUAGAGAGGCUCUAUCUUCAUCAAAAUAAAUUUGCCACUCUACCAACCAACCUGUUCAGAUACCUCAAACGACUUCAAACUUUAAACUUACAAGAAAAUUUCAUUGUAACUCCAAACUACAAAUGGUUUGACACAUUAAUAAGCUUGAAAAAUCUAUACCUAGAAAGCAAUUUAAUUGUGGAUCUCCCAGCUGAUCUCUUCCGUGAGUUGACUGAUUUAGAGACGAUCACAUUGUCCAAUAAUAACCUCACGAUUUUGCACUCCGAUCCAUUCGGAUAUUUACCAAAACUAAAAUAUUUUUCACUAAUCAAUUGUCAACUUGAGGCGAUAGACGAGAAUCUUAUCGACAAUACUGGUGCAAUACAGCUUUCAUUGACUGAUAACUUUUGUGUGAAUGAGACAGUUAUUGAUAAUUCAGCUACGAGGUACUCAAUGAGGAUUAUCUUAUCAGAGUGUUUUGAUAAUUAUGCGAAUUUGGUAGGACAAACAACGACCACAAUAAGCUCAAUAACAUCGACAACAGCUAAUCCAAAUUUACCACCAGGAUGCAUUGGUGGAAAUGUAGAUGCAAGGAUCUGUGAGCUGGAAGAUAAUAACAAUAAGUUGACUGAAAAUGUUGAAGAUUUAAUGAAGAAAAAUUUGGAGCUGGAGAAUCAAAAUAAAGUUUUUGCAUCAAUGUUUGAGAAUAUGCAAAGUCAAAUUGAUGAAUUGAAAAAUCGACCAUGUUCAUGUUUAUAAAUUUUUAUGUAAUUUAUUCAAAUAUUUUAAUUUCAAAUUUUUAUAUUUAUAAACUUUAAUUUAUUCUAUUA